AUGUCUCGCCGGAUAAUCGUAAGGACCCCGACCACCCGGCGGCAACCGCUACUGCAAAGCCGUUCCACGUCUUCUUCUCUUUCCAUGGUUGACGAUGGCAGUCGUUACAGCCGGAGUAGCAGCUCGAGGAAAAGUGCCAAGUUCGGGGAGCUUUGUGGGGGGACAGCAGCGGAGUGUGCGGCUGUUUGUUGUUGUUGUCCUUGUGGGAUAGCGAACCUUUUGGUUUUAGUGAUAUACAAGGUUCCGGCAGGACUAUACCGCCGUGCACUCCGUCAGAAAAGGCGGAAGAAGUUGCAGAAAAAAGGGCUGUUUCAGCCGAGAAACUAUGGGAGCCGACAUGGGUGUGAAGAAAGGGAGUUGCGGAAUCAUCCCAUGGUAUGCGCCAAAGAAUUGAUGGUGGAGAUGGAGGUUUCUGAAGAAGCUGAUAAAGCAUUGUUCCAACUUGAAGAAGAGAUGUGGGAAAGGUUUCAUGGUACUGGGUUUUGGAGAAGUCCUUCACAGAGAGAAAGAGAUUCAUCCACCAUUAAUUAA